AUGGAGUGUUCUAACUGGCAACAAUGGCGAAUGGAACCUUCCACCUUACUCAAGGUUGAUCUGAUGGAAACAAUUGUGAAUCGACCAAAAUCCGCGAAUGAAGGUUAAUGCUUCUAAUGUAUUAUUUUAUUCUUCCAAAUGGAUGCAAAAAGGAUGUCCCAAUUGGUUUUCAAGAGGUAUUCAUGAGGUGCCAAUAUUAAAGCCAAAUCUCAAGUUUUACAGACAGUUAUUAAAGCAACCGCAACCUAAUUUGAACGUGGAUACAGAUGCGAAUGUUUCAUUUCUAGCUGUUGAAGAAGGCCCCGCUUCUUUACGUACAUACUCAAUUGGAAACGUUAGCCAAAUGUAUAAUGGUAUUCGAGUUCCACCGAAGCCGGAAGAACCAUUGAACUGCUGUCAAAGUGGCUGUUCGAUUUGUGUGUGGGAUGUAUUCGCUGAUGACCUAGAGGAAUAUAACCAAGCCCGGCGGAAGGCCAAAAAAAGUUUUCUAGAGAAGCAGCUGGCUCUUCCAAAAGAGCUUGAAAGUGUGUCACUUGAGGAAACAAGCUCACUCAAGGAAUUGCCUCCUCAGUUGCAGGCGUUCGUACUUUUAGAGAAACGCCUAGCGCAACAGCAGGACCAAUAAUGAAACGUUAUUUCUGAAUGCUUUGAAUGACUACGAUAAAUAAAAUAUUCUUCUCUUAGAAUUGCCGAAGACAUCCAUGAAUGAAAGGAGCAUUAUCAAACCUGAACUAUCAUUCCUGCUCAUAUGUAACCGAAAGGAUCAUCUAUAUAAAGCCAUUUGCAGAAUUCAAUGAUUAUACUAUAAAUUACAUGAAAUCUAAAAACUAACUGAAACAAAAAGGGACGGAGUAAGAGCUCUAUGUGUUCAUCACGGCUUUCAAUGGUCCACUGUUUAGCAGACAACGUUUAUGAACUUGGAUCUGGAUUAGGAUUAGGAUUAGGAUUUGCAACGGGAAUCUGAUAUCCACCUUUUGCAAGCCAUUCGUAAUACAUUUCAUCGUUUACCUGCUUAGACAAGUCUGCUCGAGAUAUAUCGAUUCGAAACUGUGGAUUUUUUAAAAGAGUCAGCAUAUGCAAGCAAGUGGGAUAAAUGAUAAAUUUGACGUAUUCAGGUUCCCUCCAGUAUUCCAAAUACUCAAGGUACUGCAAAAAACUUUCGUCCUCAAAGUAAUUAUGUUGAGCAAGGAAAUUUAGAUACCAGGGAUUCGAUAACAUUUGGACGAAUUCCAAUUCAAUCUCAAAUCGAGAUUUUUCAUCUGGUACGCGAGAGAGAAGCCAUUUUUGAUCCAUUGAUACAACCUGUAUCUGUGUCUCUCUGCCUUUCUGCCACGAAAUCAAACCUUUCUAAAUGAAACAGGCCUCUGUCAUGUUCAAGGGCGUAUGGAUGUUAAAUAACGUUAUGGUAAAUGCUUUUGUGCGCCCAGAAAAUGCUCGCUAUUUAAUAAAUAAAAAAUCAAAUGAAGAAAUAAUGAGAAAUUGAUUUUUUAAAACCUUUUAGUCGGUUUUGAUAAAUGUGAAUGCAUAAAGAAUUGGAUCGACGGCUUGUAAGCGGUUUUAAAUAAAAAUAUGCGCAUAUCCAGAGAUCGUGAUUUGCAAUCAGAUUAUAGAAAUAAACAAGACAUCUUUUCUUAUAUUCAAAAGGUUU